UUGUUCGAUAACAAAUCCCAGUUUCAGUGCCUACUGAAUUUACUAGACAGUCCAUUAAACCGAGCUGGCCAGUUGCAAGUCUUUUUCCGCACUAAUAAAAAUGUCCUUGUGCAAGUUAGCCCUCAAUGUCGAAUUCCUAGAACUUUCGAUAGGUUUUGUGGCCUUAUGGUUCAACUUCUGCACAAACUAGUCGUACGUGCUGCAGAUAGCUCACAAAAGUUACUGACGGUAGUCAAAAAUCCCGUCACAAAUUACUUGCCUGUGGGAUGUCGGAAGAUUUUGAUGACAUUUAACACUGAAGAGCUUGUGUUACCAAGCAAGCUUGUUUCUCCAAAAGACGAAGCUCCCAUUGCGGUUGUCAUUGGAGGAAUAGCUCGAGGGAAGAUAGUCACAGACUAUACCGAUCGGGACCUCAAAAUAAGCAACUAUCCUUUGAGUGCUGCGUUGACAUGUGCAAAGGUUACGAGUGGUCUGGAAGAAACGUGGGGCAUUGUUUAG